CAUACCUGUUACAACCAGGAAGAGCGAUUAUAUGGACUUCUCCAAAACAUUCACGAUAUCUUUCCCAGCUGAAGACCCCCUUCCUAGCCCACCUCCUCCCCGCCCGGGCCGGUAGUUCGGGAUAAAACCUGCGUUGGACCGGGAGAACCGGGAGAAAGACGCGGUUUCGCCAGGGACCAGGGUUGCUCUGACCACACCAGUACUGACCUGCUCAAGUCCGGCCGCAAGUUCUGCUGGUCCAGAGAAGCCCAGUACUUGUACCUUCGCCGCCUGUCGUCGAGGAGCUUCUCCGCCAUCACUAUGAACCCGGUCAUGGAGCAGACGGUGUGGGAGCAGUACACCGUGACCCUGCAGAGGGAUUCCAAAAUGGGUUUUGGGAUCGCGGUUUCAGGAGGACGGGACAACCCGAACGAGGACACGGGCGAGACGUCCAUCGUGGUGUCGGACGUCCUGCGGGACGGCCCGGCAGAGGGGCUGCUGUUUGAGAAGGACCGCGUGAUUCUGGUGAACAACACGCCCAUGGACGGAGCGCUGCACUCCUUCGCCGUUCAGACCCUCAGGAAAUGUGGCAAAACGGCCAAAAUCACGGUCAAGCGCGCCAAGAGGAUCCCGGUCAGUGUGAUGCCCCGCCCCGCCUCGCCUGAAGUCUUCACCAACGACAACUACAGCGACUACAACUACGAUGCAGAGCGCCAGAGCAUGGUCAGCGGCCGCGACAACAGCCUGGAGCGCCGCGGCUAUGGCGACUCCGGCUACCAGACCCGCGACCGCGGCAGGAGCGCCGAGCGCGACCUGAGCCCCGACCGGAGCUACCGGCGCGACGGCAGCAGGGGCCGCACGCUGGACCGCAGCCCCGACCAGCGUUACCGCAGCGAGCACACGCUGGACCGCGACUACAGCCCGGACCGCCGCUACCGCAGCGAGCGAACCCUGGACCGCGACUACAACCCGGACCGCCGCUACCGGAGCGAGCAUGCCCUCGACCGUGACUACAGCCCGGAUCGGCGCUUGCGCAGCGACCGCGCCCCGAGCCCGGAGCCGCGCUACGGCCGGGACGGCUACAGCCCCGGAAGAGGCCAGAGGCGCGAACCGAGCUUCGAACGCGGCCGGGACCGAGACCGGGACCAGAGGUACAACGAGCCGGUCCGGCGGACGGCGAGCAGAGACCGCCUGGAUCGCUCGCCGUCGCCCGCUGCUGCUCCCAUCCCACUGCCCCGACCGGGCCGGGACCAGGAGCCGCUGGAGAAACCCGUCAACGUCCUGCUGCUGAAGAACCAUCCCAACGAAGAGUACGGCCUGCGCCUGGGCAGCCAGCUCUUCAUCAAGGAGAUGACGAGCAGCGGCCUGGCCGGCAGAGACGGCAACCUGCAGGAGGGAGACAUCAUCCUGAAGAUCAACGGCACGGUGACGGAGAACCUCUCCCUCGGCGACGCCGGGAAGCUGAUCGAGAAGUCUCGCGGCCGGCUGCAGCUGGUGGUUCAGCGCGACCGCCGCCAGAUCCUGAUCCGCAUCCCGCCGAUGGUGGACAGCGACUCGGAGCUCGAUGAUAUCUCUGAGAUCGAGUCGUACCGCUCUUACUCUCCACAGGAGCGAGGUCAUCCCUCUGACCUUUCCUCUCACUCGUCCACUGAGAGGCUUCGAGACAAACCCAGAGACGAUCCUUCCAGCAGGAUGACGAAAAUGGGUGCGAUGCCGACGCCUCUCAGAAGUCUGGACAGGCAUGAAGAUUCCUCGCCUCUGCCGCCAGAGAGGGACGAAACCCGAUCCGUGUCGCCGCCAGCAGCAGCAGUCGCCCCAAGAGUUCAGGUUCCUCCAAAAGUCCCACUGAAGCCGAGCCUGGAGGACCAGGAAGUCUACGGGCCGAACACGAUAAUGGUGCGCUUCAAGAAAGGCGACAGCGUUGGGCUGCGGCUAGCCGGAGGGAACGACGUCGGCAUCUUCAUCGCCGGCGUUCAGGAGGACAGUCCGGCCGAGCAGGAGGGUCUUCAGACCGGAGAUCAGAUCGUUAAGGUGAACAACGUUGACUUCAGAGGGAUGGUGCGUGAAGACGCCGUCCUCUUCCUGCUGGAGGUCCCAAAAGGAGAAGACGUGACCAUCCUGGCUCAAAGCAAACCCGAAGUGUAUGAAGAUGUUCUGGCGUCCGGACGCGGCGACUCGUUCUACAUCAGAACCCACUUCGAGUACGAGAAGGAGGCGCCGCAGAGCCUCCCGUUCGGCAGGGGAGAGAUCUUCAAGGUCAUCGACACGCUGUACGACGGCAAGCUGGGCCACUGGCUGGCCAUCCGCAUGGACCAGGACAGCCAGUCGCCGGAGGUGAAAAAGGGAAUCAUCCCCAACAAGAGCAGAGCUGAACAAAUGGCCAACGUGCAGAACGCUGCCAGAGCGGCGUCAGGCAACGACAGAGGAGACUUCUGGAGGCUGAGAGGUCAAAGGGCGGGGAAGAAGAAAGACCUGCGGAAGAGCCGAGAGGACCUGAGCACCGCGCCGGUCGCCACCAAGUUCCCCGCGUACGAGAGAGUGGUGCUCCGAGAAGCUGGUUUCAGGAGGCCGGUUGUGAUAUUUGGACCGAUUUCUGACGUCGUGAACGAGAAACUGGCCUGCGACCUUCCCAACGAGUUUAUUAUUGCCAAAACUGAGCCCAAAGACGCUGGAAGUGAGAAAUCGUCUGGAGUGGUGAGACUGAACACCAUUCGACAAAUCAUUGAGCAGGACCUCCACGCGCUGCUGGACGUCACUCCCAAAGCCGUGGACACCUUGAACUACACCCAGUGGUAUCCCAUCGUGGUGUUCCUGAACCCGGACAGCAAGCAGGGCGUCAAAACCAUGAGGAGCCGCCUGAUCCCCGGAUCCAACCGCAGCGCCAGGAAACUGUACGAACAGGCGGUCCGGCUGAAGAAGACCUGCUCCCACCUCUUCACCGCGACCAUCGACCUGAACUCGUCGAACGACGCCUGGUACGGCAGCGUGAAGGAGUCGAUCCGGGAGCAGCAGGAGAAAGCGGUGUGGGUGUCCGAGGGGAAGAUGGACGGGUCAGAAGAGGACCUGGACCUCCAGGACGACCGCAUGUCCUACCUGUCGGCCAUGAGCGCCGACUACCUGAGCAUGGACAGCCGCCUGACCAGCGACUACGACGACACGGCGGACGAGGGCGGGGCUUACACCGACAACGAGCUGGACGAGACGCUGGACGACCCGACGCCUGUCUCCGCCAUCAGCAGGUCGUCGGAGCCCGUCCUGCCCGAAGAGCCGCGCCGCACCAAGAGGCCCGGCAGGGAGGUUCUGACCCGGGACCCCAGCCCGCCGCCUUCGUUUGUUCCAGAACCACCAAAGGUCCGCGCCCAGACUCGGACCGACUCGGUGCGCAGCUACGAGUCCCAGUCCAGCAGCACCAUCAGCAGCAUCGACGCAGCGGCCGCCAGCAGGCCGGCGCCUCCGCCGGUGGCCUUGAAGCCCAACAUCCCGCGCCUCCACCAGUCCUCAGAGGAGCAGGCGCCGGCGACCCAGCAGGAGGAGGAAGACCCCGCCAACAAGUCCUUCCUGGGAAAGAGAAUGGCCAAUCAGAUCAAAGCUUUUGAGAAGAUGGACCACCUGGCCCGAGCUCAUCGUCUUCUGGAGCUGCAGGAGGCAGAAAACGCUCGAUUGGAAAUCGCCCAGAAGCAUCCAGACAUCUACGCCGUCCCAAUGAAGCUGCCAAAACCCAAUCUGAACCGCCCGCAGCCAAUCGGCUCCAACGCCGAGCCGCAGACGAUGUCCAGGCCCAUGUACUCGGAGACGAGAGGAAACGAGGACAACGAGGCGGAGUACCGCCGCCAGCUGGCGGAGCAGACCCGGAGGGGAUACUACAACCCUCAGAAGUACAAGGACACCGAGCUGUGAGGCUCCGAACAGGAAGUGAGGUCGUUCCCCAGCUUCUGUCGCUUUCUGAACUUCUUUUUUUCUCACAUUUCGGCUUCGAGUCCAGACUCUCUUGAAGCCGGCGGCGGCGGCGCCGCAGAGGAAGAAAUAUCGGUCCUGAUUUCCAGAGACGAAAUGUUCGGUUUGGGUUUAAAAGCCUCCAGUGUUUCACUGGCGAGUCGAAGGUUUCUGAAUCCGAUCCAUCACAAAUAUCAAGCAGAAGUCUUAACUUUAAUUUGUUUGUUUUUCCUCCACGCAGCAGAUUACAUGUUUUAAAGCUGGUUUGGUUAAUAUUCAUCCAGAGUUUCUGAAGGUCUUUAAAAACCUUCCAGGAACCAGGAAAGUUUCUGGAAGGUUUUUCUUCCAGUCAAUUUCACCAGAGCUGCUACCUGGUUCUACAAGGUGAGAGAUUUAAUAAUCAUGUUCCACCGUCUAGAAGUUUUAUUUCUAUCUAAAUAUCUCCACAGAAACAAAACGAAACUAAACGCUUGUUUUUGUCUGUUAUAAACUAACUUUUAUUUUGAAUAUUAUCUAUUUUCUCACUUCCUGCCACCAUCUUGUAUUUGUACCUUCCUGCUGUUUCGUCCCAUAUUUACCUUAUUUUACAUAUUUCCUACAGUAGAAAAUUAACUCUGUUUUUCAGGAUUAAAGUCUACAUUUUCUUUAGAGUGAAAAUAAAUAAAAUGCACAUUAAUGGCUCAUUUAAUGAAGUUUGUACAUAAACUCCUGGUGACUUUAAUUCUGGUUCACAGUGUAACUGCUGUGAAACAAAAACAUUAAAUUUCUGUCUUUACAUCAGUUUAGUUGUGAUUAUAAAAGCAACAUUUUACAAAAUUAAAUUAAAAUAAAGUUUUCUCUCCUUGGAGCUUGGAGUGACUUUACCUAAGUUACAAAUUAUAACCGCUGUUUUUGUUUUUAAUUUUAUUGCUGAAAAUCACAAAUGUUAUUUUUGCAGUUGGAACUUUUCUCCAGGUUUCUGCAGAUGAUUUAAAAUCUGUUUUAGUUGAACAAGUCCACAAAAUUUUUAAUGACUUUGCUUCACUUGUAAAUCAUAACUGCUGUGAAAUUGAGCGGCAAAGUGUUUUUAUUCACACUUUGACCUCAGCUGCUGUCAGGGCGAAUAAAAUAAUCACGUUUUUGCUGCUAGAAUCGUUUUCUGUCCGUUAAACUGGAAAAAAGCUCCCAGAGUCCAAAGAAACACUUCAGACCUUCAGAAACUGUGGCAAAUUAUUGAUUGAAUUAUUCAGUUUUGAAAAUCUGGAUGCCUUGGAAGUAAUAAGGGAAAACUCGAGACUUUUGUACAGAACUAUUUAUGUAAUUUCAGUCUAUUUAAGUGUAGAAGAGUAAGUAAAAUGAUAAAAAUAUUUACCGUCUCGUGUCACAAUUUAAGAAGAAAUCAUUCCCCUAAAAACAGAGUUGAAUAACAAACAAUCAGAGGAAAAGUUCAGCUGUAGUUUUUAGGCUUCACUUCUGCAGCGGCUUCUGUUUGAUUUCCAGAAUAAAACCCAGAUUUACUGGGGGAGAAAGUUGCAUUCUGGGUAGCAGGAAACUGUCGCGGUGCCUUUUUACUCCUGAUUCUAGCUGGGAAAUGAAGCUGCUGUCAAAUUCAGAGGCUGGAUGGAAAACCUGGAAGCAUUUCGGUUUCCUGUUAAAAACUUGAUUUUAAACAGACGUCAUUCCUACGACAGCGUAUUACGGCCGUUCUAGAUGGGAAAAAAAGGAAUAAAUGUCCGUCACAAAACUCAGAAAUUAUGAGAAUAAUCUCAGAAAAUUAAUAGAAAAUAAGGAAAUUUUUUAAAAUUUGCCAGAAAAAUCUCAAAUUUUGAGAUUAGUCUCAGAAAUUUUAUGGAAAAAAUGAAAACCAACUCUAAAAUUUGAAGACUAAUCAGAAAUUUUCUAGAAGAAACUUAAAAAUUUCAGUUUCAAAAGUUGAACCUUUAUUUGCUCCAAAAGAAUUUCAGAAAAAUUCUAUAAAAAACAGACAUUUUUUAGAAAAACAUGGAAAUUCCUGAGCUCUAAGUCAAAAAGUUGAGGAAAAAUUCUGAAAUUUUCAUUCUAAUAUUGGCAAUUUUCUUGAAAAAACCAUGAAAAUUUUCUCUUCAAACCCAGAAAUCUUCCAAAAGUAAAUUUCUUUCUUCACUUUUGAAACUCGGAAACCUCCACCUUUUUUUCUAGAAAAUUUCUGAGCUCAAUCUAAAACUUUCUACGUUUUUUGCAGAAAUGAACUCCUGUUUUAUCCACCUGAACUGGCCGUAACAUGACGUUGUGAAUUCCUGCUGUUACUGUUUAUAUUGAGCUGAUUCUACAGUCUGGAGGGAAAGUUAUUUCAUUUAUUCCUGGUUUCCUCUGGAACAAACUGAGGAAUUUAAAAGGUUGUUUGCAGCCGAGACAAUCACCUUUUUACUGCUUCUAUUUUUGUACUGAUGAUAUAAACCCACUCUAGUCUAAGUGUUUGUGCACAGAAGGGAAGUGGCGACAAUCAUGAUGUCUUUAGUUUGUGAUUUGUGGUUUUUGUAGCUUGUGAUCUCCUGAGUGUUUCACUGCUCACUCUUGUAAAAUUCAGAUGAAUAAAACAUUUUUUUUUUACACAUUC